AAAGAGGGUAGAAUGUCUUCACUGAAAAAGGUGUUGCCAUGGCUACUUUGGACACACUGGUGUAUUUUCCUUGACAAGAACUCAGCUUCGAUGGUUGGCUUGCUGUGUCAUAUCUGGUUAGCCCGUGAAGUGGCUCUCCGAGACAGAUGGAAGAAGAUGGCCGGAGCAGAUCACCCCAGCUCAUGAGGACAAUACCCCCCUGAUUCCAGACCUACUUCAGUGCUAAAUGGAUUUUGAAUACCAAAACCCGCAGUAUUCCCCUUGGUCCCCGUCUCAACACUUCGAUGAAGACAGACGCCUCCCUCCACCCAGGAACAUGAAGGGCUUAUCGGGCAGCCGCUCCCAGCAGCACCAGAUCCCUUCUCCCCAUGGCCUGGACUACGACCACCCCCACGAGCUCCAUGGGCACCAUGGCUCUGAGUCCCGCCACCCAUCUUACCUGCUCAGCCCCACUGAGAGCUGCCCCAUGGACUACCUCCGCUACUCCCCCCGCAGCUCCAUCCACUCCGACUGCAUGGUGAUGUCCCCUGUCCUGAUGGCUCCACCCGCCCCCGUAGACUACGUAUCCAGCAGCACCUUCCCCAGAAUGCAUUACAGCUCCCCAUACUACGACUCGGCAACGCGGGAUGACUGCGCUGCCAUCGCUGCCUCCGCCACCUCCUCCGCCGCAGUCGCCGCCGCCACCGCUUCCUCCUCCGCCUCCUCGCACCACGCCGGGGCCAAGAGCAACCGCAUCCCCGCCAACCUGCUGGACCAGUUUGAGAAGCAGCUGCCGCUGCAGCGAGACGGCUUUCAUACGCUGCAGUACCAGCGCACCGCCACCACCACCACCACAGAGCAGCGAGCAGAGAGCCCUGGACGGAUCCGCCACCUGGUCCACUCUGUCCAGAAGCUCUUCACCAAGUCCCACUCCCUGGAGGGCUCUUCCAAGAUGAACGGCACCAAGGGGGAGGGUGGCGGGGGUGGGAGUCACCACGGCCACCAUUCUUCCAAGCACGGAAGCAAGCGCAGCAAGAGCAAAGAGCGCAAGCAGCGCUCAGGCGGCUGGUGGAGCUCCGACGACAACCUGGACAGCGACAGCACCUACCGCACACCCAGUGUCAUGAGCCGCCAUCACCAUGGCGAGCACGCCUCCCACUGCUACCCGGACUCCAUGCACAGUCACUUUGGGGACCUGUCACUCAAAACUUCCAAGAGCAACAACGACGUCAAGUGCUCGGCGUGCGAGAGCAUUGCCAUGGCGCCCGAGGGGAAGUUCAUGAAGAGGAGUUCGUGGUCCACAUUGACGGUGAGCCAGGCCAAGGAAGCGUACAGAAAGUCCUCACUCAACCUAGAAAAACCCAUGAUACACACAGACCUGAAGCCUUCGCUGCGGGCCUGUCACUACCUGCAGGUUCCUCAGGAUGAGUGGAGUGGAUACCCAGGGGAUAAGGACGAGGAGAUCCCGUGUCGAAGAAUGCGCAGCAGCAGUUAUGUGAAAGCCAUGGGAGAUGACGAGAGUGGCGACUCAGACAGCAGCCCUAAGACAUCACCCCAGAAGGCUGUCCGACCCGAUGCCCUGGUCCUCAAAUCAGUCCUGCAUAGGCCCCACACAGAUCCCCAAAGCCAGAGCUACCACUUGCAAACCACCAGAGACAUGCGUCCCCACCCCAGCGUCACCCUGGACCCCGCCACCACCUACAACCCCCCUCAGUUCCGCUCACGGAACCAGAGCUACAUGCGAGCGGUCAGCACCCUCAGCCAGGCUAGCUGCGUCAGCCAGGUGAGUGAGACUGAGGUCAAUGGCCAGUUUGAGUCAGUUUGCGAGUCCGUUUUUAGCGAAGUAGAAUCCCAGGCCAUGGAGGCCUUGGACCUGCCUGGCUCAUUCCGCACACGAAGCCACAGUUACCUGCGUGCAAUUCAGGCUGGGUAUUCCCAAGACGACGACUGCUUGCCUUCAAUGACAUCCUCCACUGUCACUUCAACUCUCAGAUCCACAACAGGGAUCCAGUUUCGUCUCCCUACGUCCUGCAGUGUCGACCGGGCCCAGCCCCCUCCAGAGGUGACAUACGCCCCCGGCUACACCAAGACCCCCCCACCCGUGCCGCCCAGGGCCACCACCAAGCCCGUCAUCUCGGUGACGGCGCAGAGCAGCACAGAGUCCACCCAGGAUGCCUACCACGAGGGGAGGCACCCGCGGGGCGGCGUCCUGUGGGCUGGGGACGGGCUGGCCCGGAGCGCCUACAACUCCACUGACAGCCUUGACAGCACCAAGGCUGUCACGCUCGCCAUGGAGACGGUGGCGGCGAGCAAGCGCCACGCCUCUACGGGCAGCCACAUCUCCGUGCAGACGUGUGACAAGGCGGUACUGGUUUCCAAGGCGGAGGAAUACCUCAAGACGCCCCGCUCCUCCAUUGGCAUACAGGUGGAAACUGCAACAGACUCUGAGUCAGAGAGUAAAGGUCUUCCUCAGUACCAUUCUGUAGGGAUACAGGUGGAGGAUGAGAAGCGACACGGUAGGUUCAAGCGCUCCAACAGCGUGACCACGGCCGUGCAGGCAGACAUGGAGCUGGAGGGCUUCCCCACCAUGGAGGACAAGGGCCUGCAGUUUGGUGGGGGCUUCCAGCGCCACUCGGAGCCCAGCACGCCCACCCAGUAUGGGGCCGUCCGCACCGUGCGCACCCAGGGCCUGUUCAGCUACCGGGAGGACUACCGGCCCUCCAGCGGGCCCCCCAGCCCCCAACCCGAGUCGUGGCUGGGGGAGCCCAGUCUGGAGGGGGCAGAGGCAGGCAGAGUGUCCCCCCUUCGCAGGGACGGGAGUUGGUUCAUGCAGCUGCUCCACAACGAGACCAAGAGAUUGGAGGGAUGGUGCAAAGAUAUGGAGAGGGAGGCAGAGGAGCACGACCUGUCGGAGGAGAUCCUAGGUACAAUCAGAAGUGCAGUGGGCAGUGCACAACUUCUUAUGUCUCAAAAAUUCCAGCAGUUCUACUGGCUGUGUCAGCAAAAUAUGGACCCCAGCGCCAUGCCCAGACCCACAUCUCAGGAUCUGGCUGGAUUCUGGGACUUGUUGCAGCUGUCCAUUGACGACGUCACUGCCAAAUUUGACGAGCUGCAGCAGAUCAAGAGCAAUGAGUGGCGACCGGUGGAGAGUCCGGACAAGAAGGAGAAGAAGUGGCCGCCGCCCCUGCCAAAGAGGCCCCCUAAGGGGCGUGGCGGCGUGAUGCGGGAGCGCUCCCUGGACCUCCACGACCGCCAGCGGCAGGAGGCCCGCCGACGUCUGAUGGCGGCCAAGCGUGCCGCUUCCUUCAGACAGAACUCAGCCACAGAGAGGGCGGACAGCAUCGAGAUCUAUAUCCCCGAGGCCCAGACCCGCCUUUGAGGUCCGAGGAAAUCCCCCCCCCCCCACAUCGCGUUUUCCCCUCAAAUGUGCUCCCCAAAGUGACCCUCCCUCAACACCGGCCCUCAGCCAGUGGCCUCACCCAUCUCCCUCCACCCAUCUGCCUCCACCCAUCUGUGCCAGCAUCUUUCAGUUCUCUCUCUGUCACUCCCUGCCUGCAGUUCUGUCCAUUCCUCGCCGUUCUAUGGUUGGACCCUCCCAAUGACGCAGAGGGAAUGUCUGUCACCAUGCCAACGAGCUGCCACUCCUUUCCCCUUUAACAGAACUAGAAUAUUCCCUUCAAAAUUGAUUUAGGUAUAUAUUACAGUUGUUUUUGUGGUUUGGUUUUUGCUACAAUCACCCUGAAGAGCUUUGUUUUCAUCAUCAUUGGUAAGCCUCUGGGUUAGUAAGGGUUAAUCUGUGUUAUUCUGUUUCCCCACCAUGUUCAAAGGGAAUCACAAAGUGCAACUUUUUCUAAAGAAUCUCACCAGCAACAGUGGUCUUGGGCUGAAGCACCUUGUGUAGAGGCCAUCACAGUGUUAGCACUGAGGUGAUGACUCACUGUGGCGAUAGACAGACGGCA